UCUUCCUCCUACUCCUGCUGCCUCCCUUCUCUUCCUGCCUUCUGCCAGUAGUCUGAUGAGCUGCUGCUGCUGCCUCCGUCGUCGUGUCAGGCCAUGGGGGCUUCACGGUCCCCGCCGAGGUCCGGGUCUCCUCUUGGACAUCGAGGGCACCACCACCCCCAUCGCCUUCGUCAAGGAUACUUUAUUUCCCUACAUCAAAGACAACAUUCAUGAUUACCUCCGAACACACUGGGAAGAAGAAGAAUGCCAAGAAGAUGUUGGUCUUCUGAGGAAACAGGCUGAAGAAGAUUCUCACUUGGAUGGUGUCGUGCCCAUCCCAAUGGAAUCCAGAGAUGGGGAAGAGGAGAUUGAACGUGUUAUCCAGGCUGUUGUAGACAAUGUCUUCUGGCAGAUGUCCUUAGACAGAAAGAACACAGCUUUGAAACAGCUACAGGGUCACAUAUGGAGGGCAGCAUAUGAGAAUGGCCGCGUGAAGGGAGAUAUCUUUGAGGAUGUAGUCCCAGCAGUGAAAAAAUGGAAAGAAGCAGGGAUGAAGGUUUAUAUUUAUUCUUCUGGGAGUGUGGAGGCACAAAAGCUCCUGUUUGGAAACUCUACAGAAGGUGACAUUUCAACACUCUUCGACGGCCACUUUGAUACCCAAAUAGGUCCUAAAGUGGAGAGUGAGAGUUACCAGAGGAUUGCUGCAAGCAUUGGGUGCUCCACAAGCAACAUCUUGUUUUUAACAGAUGUCACUCGAGAGGCAGAUGCCGCAGAAGAAGUUGACAUGCAUGUGGCUAUAGUAGUCCGACCAGGCAACGCGGGACUGACAGAUGACGAGAAAUCAUAUUACAGACUCAUAACCUCUUUCAGUGAACUGUUCCUGCCAUCAUCCACUUAAGCAAAUUUGCAAGAGGAAUUUUGAAAAGAAAGAUGGGACACCACUAGAGAAAAAUCUUAUAAUUUAUGGCAGCUUUUGGUGGUGAUGAGAAUUUUGGGGAGAGAAGAUAUUUGGAUCCUUGACCUUCUGAUGAGAAGCAAUGAGGCCAGCAGGAUUUCUCCGUCCACAGGUGUCAUGAGUGCAUUUCAAAUUAAGCAGCAGAUAUGAAACUUAGUGAUUGUGGACUCCCUUUCUUUGGAAUUGCACAUGGAAGAAUCAGAAAAUACCACUGGGAGUUUCUCCUACACAAAACCCUUGAAUGCACCAUUUUGCCCUACUCUUGUGUACUUCCCCCACAUUCAUCUUAAAUGUGUUGGAGAACGUCCUGGUGGACUACAUGCAGCAUGUAAACCCCAGAUACACAUUCCUUUAGCUUUAUUAUUUCUGAAAAUAUUAAUAAAAAUGGCAUAAGCCUCCCCCCAGUUUUGGCUUCUUUUUCUCAGUGAAAUAUUGGUCAAAUACCAUAAUAUCAUUUAAAGUAUUUGACAAAAAACCAUUACAAAUCCAAAAAAUCCAGUGAAAGCCAAUAAAAGAAUACAUAUAUCCAUCUAUCCAAAUUAAUUAACCCUGCAUAGUCUAUAGCAAUAUCUUUCAAAUAACAAGCACAAAUAUUUUUAGUAUUUUUUUUUAGCAAAUAGUGCUGUUUUAUGUGCAACAUAUGGAUUAGUCUGAUAGUAACCAUAGAUUCACUUAAAACCUCUCACCAUGGAAGGAAGCCAAAAUCUGCCCCAAGAAUCUCUUCAUGGGGCUUGUGUUUCGAUAAAGCUGGCAAUAGAGUAUGUACAGUGGGCCCUUGGUAUCCUCUGGAAUCUGGUUCCAGGAUCCACCAUGGAUACCAAAAUCCAUAGAUGCUAAAGUCCCAUUAAAUACAAUGACAUAGUAAAAUAGUGUCUCAUAUAAAAUGGCAAAAUCAAGGUUUGUUUUAGAAUUUUUUGAAAAAUAUUUUCAAACCAUGGAUGGUUUAAUCAGUGGAUAAAGAAUCCAUGGAUAUGGAGAGCCAGCUGUAUUGAAAAACAUCUGCCUCUUCUUGUUUUGUGCCUUCAAUUUGUUUCCAACUUAUGGCAACUCUAAGGUGACCCUGUCAUCGGCUUUUCUGGGGUUGAGAGUGUGUGAUUUCCCCCAGGUCUGCCAGUAGGUUUCCAUGGCCAAGCAGGGAAUCGAACUCUGGUCUCCAGAACCAUAGUCCAAAUCUCAAAGCACUACAUCACACUGGCUCUCUCUUCUGUUUCUCCCAUGCCACAAAUGCAGAGCCUUAAAUUUUUUACAAACACAGAGUUUACAAAUGCUUACUUUUGCCACUCUGGGAAUUGCAUUUAGAGAACUAUUUUUCCAAACUAUGCCAACAUCUGUCUUGGAUGGCAGUUAUAGAAAUGUUGCAAGAAAUGUAAAGCCUCUACCUGUUCCCAUGCUACAAAUGCAAAGCUUCUGGAGAAAGAAGUGGCUAUAAAUCUUAGAGGUAAUGUCCAAUAAACUAAUUGGCUAAUAAU